AUGAUGAUGGAGGUGUGGAGGCUUUUCGCAGCAUUGUGCCUGUUGCUUAGUACUGCACAUGCCACAAGUCUGGGAGCUGUAUACACAGAAGGUGGCAUGGUGGAGGGGACAAACCACAAGGUAGGACUGUUCCGCUCCAUGGAUGUCUUUAAGGGAGUCCCUUUUGCUGCCCAGCCUGGGCGAUUCGAGAAACCCAAACCUCACCCUGGCUGGAGUGGUAUUCUGAAGACCAAGGACUUUGCUAAGCGGUGUCUGCAGUUAACGUUACUUCAAAAUAAUAAAAGAGGCAGUGAAGACUGCCUGUACCUCAACAUCUGGGUCCCCCAUGGCCGAAAAGUCUCCACUGGCCUUCCUGUCAUGUUGUACAUCUUUGGAGGCGGCUACCUGGUCGGGGGUUCUCAGGGCGCUAACUUCCUAAAUAACUACCUGUACAGCGGAGAGGAGAUUGCUGACAGAGGAGACGUCAUCGUGGUGACCGUAAACUACCGUGUCGGCACCCUCGGGUUCCUCAGCUCAGGAGAUUCUGAAUUACCUGGGAACUAUGGCCUCUGGGAUCAGCAAGCUGCUAUAGCGUGGGUGCACAGAAACAUCAGGGCUUUUGGAGGAGACGCCGAGAACAUUACCAUCUUUGGAGAAUCUGCUGGAGCCGCCAGUGUGAACUUCCAGAUGCUGACCCCCCACAACAAAGGCUUAAUUCGCAGGGCUAUAUCUCAGAGUGGUGUCGCUCUGUGUCCCUGGGCGGUUAACAGGAAUCCUAGAGCAUUUGCAGAGGAGGUUGCUAGGAAGGUAGGCUGCCCCACUGAUGCGGGCAUGGUGAACUGUCUGAAGAUGACUGACCCUGUUGAGCUCACUCUCGCUGGAACCCUCAACCUGAAGGGCUCUCCUGCACACCCCAUUGUGCAGAACCUGGUCCUCUCCCCCGUAAUUGAUGGUGAUUUCCUCCCUGAUGACCCCAGCACCCUGUUCCACAACGCCGCUGACAUUGACUAUAUUGCUGGCAUCAACGACAUGGAUGGGCAUAUCUUCACUGGCUUUGACGUCCCGUCUGUAAAUCAGCCUAUCCAGUCGACUCCAGUGGAGGACGUGCAGCAGCUCCUGACGGCCCUGACCAGGGCAAAGGGCCCAGCUGCAGCGGCUGCUGCCAUGCAGCAAUACACUUCCAGCUGGGGAGGAAAACCUGGCAAGGACGAAAUCAAAAGAACCAUCGUGGAAAUUGAGACUGACUACAUCUUCCUCGUCCCGACCCAAAUAGCCCUGUAUCUGCACGCCAAGCACGCCAAAACGGCGCGCACCUACUCCUACCUGUUCUCUGAGCCCAGCCGACUCCCCGCCUACCCGUCUUGGAUGGGGGCGGACCACGCUGACGACCUGCAGUACGUGUUUGGGAAGCCCUUCACCACUCCCCUGGGCUACUUCCCUCGCCAUCGCAAGGUCUCCAAACACUUCAUCUCCUACUGGACCAACUUCGCCAAGACUGGAGACCCCAAUGUCGGUGGCUCUGAGAUACCGGUGUUCUGGCCCAGGUUCAUUGGUGAAGGGCACCAGUUUGUGGACAUCAACCAUAACACGGGCAAGGACUCUGUCAAACAGAAGAUGAGGAGUCGCUUUGUCUACUUCUGGACCACCACCUACAUGAGCUUCCCAAAUGUGAACGAAACAGUUUCACUUCCCGUUGAUCAGUAUCUGUCUUAG